AUGGCAGAUGAUGAUUGGUGGGACCGAAAAAUUAAGGAGAAUGCAAAAUAUAAGAAAUUUAGGAACAAAGAUCUUUUGCUCAUAUGGUUUCGCUACGAUGCACUGUUUGCUGAUGUUGUUGUCGCAGGAGAAAGAGCACGUGCAACAAAUCAAGAACAAUCAUCCGGCGUUGGACUUAAUCUUGAUGAAGAACGAAUAAAUGUUAUUGAUGAUUGUGACAAAGAACACUUUAUUCAUCUUAAUGAUGAAAUGAGCGAUGAAAGUGAUGAUCUGCAGAAUAUAAAUUCUGUUAUGUUUCUAGAGCCAUCACUAAAAAGACAAAAAUCAACUGAUGGUGUUAGCACGAGUAGUCGAGUAAGAAAGAGUAAGAAAAAAACAGCUGCAACAUUAAUAAAAGAGGACAUACACUCUCUCAUAGAGUUUAUGUCUAGCAAAAGCACUGCUACAUCUCCUGCAAUUGAUGAGACAUCCAUCGAGAAGUGUAUUGUCACGUUGGGACAAAUUCCUGAUAUUCUAGCUGGGAGUGAAAUUUACAGUUUUACUAUGAAUAUGUUCCGCAAGAAAAAUAACCGGCAGAUAUUUUUGGGGAUGUCUACUGAUGAAGCUCGCAAGUCUUGGUUGGAGUUUAACUAUCAGUAA